UCAUUUGUGCUUGGCGAUCGCAUACAAGCAGCUGUGCAGUUGAUGUCUCCAAAUAUAUAUAGUAUAUAUAUAUAGAAUACUGUAGUGACACAAUGGCGAACGUCUGGGUGCGGAUCCUGAUCGGAGGCCUGGCCAUACUGGCGGCCGUCGGCUAUAAGAACUAUCGCGAGCUUUCGGCGCCCGGCAAGAGGCCCGAUCUGGACAACAAUGCCUACUGGGGUCCAGCGUUAAAGGAAUCCUAUCGAGAGAACAAGGCCAUCCUGCCCUACGACAUCAGCGUUAAGCCUGAGGUAAUUGAGGAUCUGAAGAACCAGCUAAGUCGUCCUUCGAAGGCCCAGGCGCCGCUGGAGGGUGUGGGAUUCGAGUACGGUUUCAAUGCCAACGAGUUGGCCAAGGUGGUGAAAUACUGGCGUGAUACUUAUUUGGCCAAGUGGAGCGACCGCGAGCAGUACCUCAAGAAGCUGGAUCACUACCAAACGGAGAUUCAGGGUUUGAAAAUUCACUUUAUUCAUGCCAAGCCCACCCAGGUGAAGGGCCAGAAGCCCAAGAAGGUGCUGCCCCUGCUCUUGAUGCACGGCUGGCCCGGAACCGUCCGCGAAUUCUAUGACUUCAUUCCCCUGCUGACCACGCCGAACGAAAAAGACGACUACGUCUUCGAGGUGAUUGCGCCCAGUCUGCCAGGCUAUGGAUGGUCUCAGGGCUCUUCGAAAACUGGAUUCGGUGUGGCCCAAGUGGCCGUGGUGAUGCGCAACCUGAUGCUGCGAGUGGGAUUCGAUAAGUUCCUGGUGCAGGGCGGCGACUGGGGCUCGAUAAUUGGAUCCAAUGUAGCCGCACUCUUUCCGGAGAACGUACUGGGAUACCAUUCGAACAUGUGCGGAAACAACAGCCCCCUGGGCCAGAUAAAGUUGGUGCUGGCCUCGUUCUUCCCCAGCUGGUUUGUGGACAGCCGGCACGCCAGUUUCUACAAGGGAUUGGGACACAUGUUCGGCAUUAUAUUGCAGGAAAUGGGCUAUGCCCACAUACAGGCCUCAAAGCCAGACACCAUCGGCAAUGCCCUGAUCGACAGUCCAACAGGACUGGCUGCCUAUAUUCUAGAGAAGUUCUCCACGUGGACGAACCCCGCAUUUAGAUCGCUUCCGGAUGGCGGACUCACCAAGAGGUUCACCUACGACCAGCUGCUGGACAAUGUGAUGAUCUAUUAUGUGACCAAUUCCAUUACCACCUCCGUGCGCCUGUACUCCGAGUCCAUGGUUGCCUCGCAGUUAGCCCUGGCUGUGGACAGCUUGCCCAUCAAGGCCAAGUCUGGAUGCACUCGCUUUGCCCAUGAGAUCGUGCACACCCCCGACUCGGUUCUAGCCAACAAGUUCCCGAAUCUGGUGCACAGUACCCACCACCAGGACGGCGGUCACUUCCCUGCCUUUGAGCUGCCCCAGCAGCUGUACGAUGACUUCGUUAGCUUUGUCCAGAAGGCCGAUUUGUCCUGAACAACUCAUAAUUAGUUCUAGGAAUGUAUUGUAAUAUUGUGUUAAUGUAGACUGUGUCUGUUGCGAAAAUUAAAACAAAUCGGCUUGGUGAUUGAAUUUGCCUUAUCUGCUUUGAAAACCAAAA